AUGGAGUAUACCGGACGAGCUCAGUACAGAGGACCGGUAAUCUUCCUUGGUGCGUAUGCGAGCAUUGCCAUUGUGCCUUACUUGUUAGCUGUGGGGAUGUCCGUAGCGAAAGCGGCCGAGGGACCGUCUUACGUAGCGACUGGAAACGCCUACACUGCCGGAUGCUCAUGCAUACCAUCACAGUGUCCACAAGGACCUCCUGGACCACCUGGACCUGAUGGUUAUCCUGGUGAACCAGGCCUCCCAGGUAGCAACGGUGGACCUGGGCGGAAUGGAAACGAUCUUAUAGAGAGUAUUAAGAGCUGCAUCAAAUGCCCUCAAGGACCACCAGGGUUCCCUGGCCAACCUGGACCAGCUGGUCCAGCUGGAGCUCCCGGUUCACCUGGAGUUCCAGGAAAUAGUGGGGUUGCUGGAACACCUGGUCCAGCAGGACCUCCUGGACCAGCGGGCACGCCUGGUCGCCCUGGACCUCUUGGUCCGCCAGGCAUUCCUGGAAACAACGCGCAAAGGAAAAGAAAUGUUGCUGGACCACCCGGACCACCAGGUCCACCAGGAAGUCGUGGACAACCUGGCCCUAGUGCACCUCCUACAGCUCCUCCACCUGCCGGUCCCGCAGGACCACCAGGAAGCCCUGGAAAACCAGGCAUGCCGGGAUCAACAGGUGCGCCUGGUCCUCAAGGAUCAGCAGGAGCUCCAGGGACAGAUGCUGCAUAUUGCCCUUGCCGGACAGAUCAACAAGCAGAUGCCGUGUCGAAGGAUGAAGUUACUGGCAAUAGCUUUGUAUCACGCGCGAUGCCAAAACCACCAGUUGGGCUGAGUGAGGCCGCCAAGGCAUUCAUUAUGCAGCAAAGCUUUAAUAUG